CUCUUAACCAUUAACAAAUGCUGAUGUCCCUCCCAACGAGACAUGUAAAUUGCAACAGCAAACAGCAGCCCUAGUCAUAUGAAUAUCCUCGUGAGUUUUGAACUUGUGCUUAAAAUCUGUUACAGUUAAUUCACCGUAAAUGCCAUACUUUUCACUAGAGGGGGAAACUGGUUUGGGAUGACUUUGAAAGCAGCGCACAUGAGUACCAGCCGAUUACAGCACAUAAAGGAUCAUAUUUUGGACGAAUACACGUGUGCAGAGAUGGCAGCUCCAUACAGCCCCCUGACCACUCACGUCCUGAACACCGGGAUGGGCGUCCCUGGAGCCCACAUGGCCCUCAGCCUGCAUCGCAUGGAUCCCUCCACUUCACUCUGGAACCUUCUCACCACAGGGACUACUAAUGAUGAUGGGCGCUGCCCAGGGCUCAUCACCAGAGAAACUUUCACUCCAGCAGUGUACAAGAUACGCUUUGAGACGGGCCAAUACUGGGGGAGUCUGGGAGAGACCUCUUUCUACCCAUACGUUGAGAUAGUCUUCACCAUAACGGACCACAGUCAGAAGUUCCAUGUUCCUCUGCUCUGCAGCCGCUUCUCCUACACUACCUACCGGGGGAGCUAGAGAGUCUGUCACUCACCCCCACUCACCAUCUCUCAUCUGGGCCACAUUCAGUUGUCAAACGUUGUCUAAUCUCGGUUAACCCAGAACUAAUGUCUUGGUAAUUGUCAGAUGCUUGUUCCGGGUCCAUAUGUGUUAAGGGAAGAGAUCGGAACCGGAACGAAGAGCUCCACCCUUCUCUCUUUGCAAGUUACGGGCAAGUCUAUGGUUCAAAUAUCCCCCUCCCCUGCUAACACCUGUGAAAUCGUCAUUAAUCCAAAUCACCUGAACUAAUGCUGCUCAUUAUCUCACUCAUCCCGUUUUAUCAUGCCAGAUCUACAGAACCAUUUAUGUUUAUGUAGUCUGUCCAUGAGAGCGUGCCCCUGGCUGACUGUGACCCGAGACCUGUCACCUGGGCCUAUUCAGGUGGUUUAAAGUCAUCCUUCAGUUAUUGUAGGUAGAAAUGUACCUAAGAAAGCACUCUUGUGUAAUACUAGUUAUACUGUUAUAGUUAUUGAGUACAGAACACAAGAACAGUAUCCUUUAUGUGGUACAUUUCUACCAGUAACAGUUGUUAUCCUGUCAUCCAAGGCUCUCAGAGAUCCCAGUCAUUUGUUUCACUUGCCUUUUUGGACCAAUCGAUGACAGCAAGCACUUAAAAAAAAAUUUUGAUCUGAUAUUAACAAAAUGUCUAAGCUUUAUUGGACAGUGGGGUUGUGAUGUGCGCCAUUUCCUUCAGAAUAUUGAUUACCCAUUUUUGUGUCCUGAAAUUCAUUUUGGAAAAUCUAGAUAGCAAAAUAAACAAUUACAAUCUUA